UAUGUGUCCGAGCAUGAACUCCCAGUCCCUGACUAUCUCACCGCUCACCAAUGGGCUCUUAUGGAGAAGACUGUUGCCAUCCUCGCCCCCUUUGAGGAACUAACUAAAAAAGUGAGCAGCUACGACGCACUAGCCUCUGAUGUCAUCCCAGCUGUGACUGUGCUAGUGAGACUUCUAAACAGAGAAACAGACGAGGACCACGGCGUCAAGACAAUGAAAGCAACCUUACUGGCAGCUGUCAAGAAGCGCUUCAGUGACGUCGAGACCAACCCACUGUACUUCAUCUCCACCAUACUUGACCCAAGGUAUAAAGAUCGCUUCUUCUCCAACAACACUGCUCCGGAGGCCAAGCUGCACCUGAAGCAGGAGCUGCAGAUGAUGUCCAGAGCUGAGGCAGAGGGGAGUCGGGCAGAAGCUGCAGAACCUCCUGCUAAACUGUUCCUCAAGGCCCAGGCCAGCACUAGCAGCAGUCUGGACACUGUAUUUGAAGAAAUCGCUAAGGAGCAGCCCCAGGCAGCACAGCCGCUGGCAGCAGGUGCUGCCAUUGAGCUCGACACAUACCUCGGAGAGGCCCCAAGCCCUCGUGAUGACAGUCCUCUGAAGUACUGGGGUGUCAACAAAAUCAGGUUCCCCACUUUGGCUAAAAUGGCCCAGAAAUACCUCUCAGCCCCAUGUAGCAGUGUGGAAAGUGAAAGGCUUUUUAGCUCAGUGUCACACAUUAUAGAUGAAAACAGAAACAGGCUGACUGCUGAUAAUGCAGAAAAGCUACUUUUCUUAAAAAAAAACCUGCCACUCACUUUUUCUAAAUAGGCUCCAUUAAGUGAGUCGUCUUAGACUUGAUG